AAAGGAAUUAAUCGUGUUCAUAAAUGAAGAGCGUUGGGUUGCAUUUGCGCGCAGGCGACGGAAAUCCGAUGGUAUAAAAAUAGUGAGCUGGUGACCGAAGCGGCAGUAUGCGGCGCUCCCGAUCGAAGGCGCGCAAGCCCAGGUACGUCAGUCUCCGCCGCCACCUCGCUUCUCCUCCGCCGGAGCCCUCCGACAUGACCUCUGCCGCCGCGGUGGCAGUGGGUGAGGAAAUAAUCGGUCGUCGGCGCCAGUUUGACCUCUUCCCGCGCCACCCGGAGCACCUCGACCGCGAUCCGCCCGUUGACUGCCUCCUCGAAGACCGUGGCGGGGCCGCAGAUCCGACCCUUGCUGGGAUCCUCGGCGGCGGCUCAUCUCCUUCGUCGGGAUCCCCUUCGCCACCGUCGCUUGAUAUGCAGUCGAUGAACUGGGAGGACGAGGGAGGCGGGGAUGGGGACGGGCUCGCGAGGCGAGCGCUCAGGGGUCGGGAGCGGUGGGCAUACUGGCGCGCCUCCUCGUCGGAGGAGGAGGUGGCGAGCACCGGUGUCGUCGCAUGCGGAGUGGAUUUGUGGCGGGGCACCGCAGCGACGCGAUCGCUGGCGCUAAAGCUCGAUUACGAGGAGAUCCUGGCGGCGUGGUCGGACCGGGGCCCGCUCUACACCGACGGGGACGGGCCCCAAGUUGUCCCCGAUCUCCAUCAUCAGAUCUAUACAUUCUUCGACUCCGCCGACAUCCCCGUACUGGUGGAGGUGUCGCAAGGAGGUGUUGCGAGACCAUGGAAGGUGCCGGAGGCGGCGUGUGACGGAAAUGGCUGCGAAGAGCAGGUAAAGGAGGAGAGCGGCGGCGGCGGCAGCAGCAGCGGCAGCAGCACUUUGAUAAGCAGGGAAGCGAGUGUGAGGAGAUACAAGGAAAAGAGGGGCAACCGGCUAUUUGCCAAGAAAAUCCGAUACGAGGUCAGGAAGACGAACGCGGAGAAGCGCCCACGGAUCAAGGGUCGGUUUGUAAAGAGAAAAGAUGGCAAUGUGGACCACUCUUGAUUCAAAGGAAUGAAAGAUAAACAAGUUGCAAGCUUUAGGUUCAGCUUUGCCAUGUGUAAAGAAUUAGCUUUGUACUGAAAUGCUCCUGUUUCAGAAAAACCAGAUUAGAAAAUCAUAAACACUACAUGCUUUCAGGUAAAGACUUCAUCAAAAUAUUAAGAGACCAGUCUCAAGAUUGUGUACUAGUAUCCUGUGACUACACUAAGACUUUGAGGUAUUUCAUUUCACUUCUCUUAAUCACAAGUGUACAGAAACCAAAUUUAUUGAUCUUGCAACAUUUGAUAAUUUUUCUCCA